CAGGCCCGCGGUUUAGAGUGUUUUGUUCCGGUCUCUCGAUCUUGUUCUUACGGUGACCUAGAGGCAAUGGACCUCAGGGUCCUUGGGCUCGAUUUGCAGCCCCGCUCUUGACGUGCUGUGUGACCUUGGGCUAAGCAGUGUUCCCUUUCGAGGCCUCAAUUCCCACAUCUGUGAAACGGGGUGGUUGAACUCAGUGAAGACUAGGAGGCCAGAAGGAAAUCUCCACGGUGCAAGGCUGAGAUGGAUCCGCUCAGGGCCCAGCAGCUGGCUGCAGAGCUGGAGGUAGAGAUGAUGGCUGACAUGUACAACAGAAUGACCAGUGCCUGCCACCGGAAGUGUGUGCCUCCCCACUACAAGGAAGCAGAACUGUCCAAGGGUGAAUCUGUGUGCCUGGACCGGUGUGUCUCCAAGUACCUGGACAUCCAUGAGCGGAUGGGCAAAAAGUUGACAGAGUUGUCUAUGCAGGAUGAAGAGCUGAUGAAGAGGGUGCAGCAGAGUUCUGGGCCUGUGUGAGGCCCCAGACAGGAUACACCCUGAGGUGCACCCUGCCCCUUCCCACUUGUCUAAUUAAAGUGCCCCCAUUGGGUGUCAUCUGUGAAGACUGCCAGGCCUAGGCUGUCUCUGGAGCGUCUCUGGGAGCCAGGAGUUUGGUAGAGCUCUCCCCUGGUCCAAGUAUGGGUAUCUGUCACACGGAAGUGUGACGGUGUAUGUGUGUUUGUGUAUAUAUAUAUAUGUAUUAAAACAAGUUUGUUGACACCUACUAUGUGCGAAGCAGUGUGCCUGGCACUUCGGAGGAAAGGCAACAGGGAAUCUAAUGCAGUAUUUAAAAGUAUAGACUGGUACAGUGAUCUGGGUUUGCACUCCUGGCCAGUCACUAGAUGCAUGACCCUGAAUGUGUCGUUUCACUGUGCUUUAGUUUCCUCAUUGAAAAAUGGGGUUAGCCCUAUAAAGAUAGGGCUAUUGUGAAGAUUAAAUGAGUUAAUACGUGUAAAGUAUUUAAAAGAAUGACUGGGGCAUAGGAAGUAUUCUAAGUAUUAGCCA